AUGAAGAUCGUGAAGAUCCCAGUACACAUUGGUGAUACUAAGUGCAACAUCGAGUGUGAAGUCGUCAACAUUGAUCUUCCUCUACUCCUGAGUAAAGAAGCUCUGAAACGAGCUGGAACUGUGCUCAAUUUAGCUAAGGAUGAAGCGACAAUGUUCCAAAAGCCAGUUAAACUUGAGUACACAUCGACAGGUCAUUACUGCAUAGACUUGGGAAACAUAUCAAAAGAGCACAUAUCUGUUGAAGAAGUGCUCAUCCUUCGGGAACCCAUGGAUGUAGGACAAAAAAGAAAAGUAAUGAUAAAAUCACAUCGACAGUUUGGACAUGCCUCUGCUGAGAGAUUGAAGAAGUUACUCAUAAAUGCAGGCAUCAAGGAGAAAAUACUGCUGAACAUCCUGGAAGAAGUAGUUAACGAAUGUGAAAUAUGCUCAAAAUUCAAACGAUCACCACCCAGACCUGCAGUUCGGUUACCACUUGCCACGGAGUUAAAUGAAACUGUAGCGGCAGAUCUGCAUGUUCUUGAGAAUUCAGUAUGGCUUCUGCACAUUAUAGAUCAUUUCACUAGAUAUAGUGCUGGGGCUAUCAUUCGCUCAAAGACUGGUUCUGUGUUUGUGGACAAGUUUUUAAAGCACUGGAUUAGCAUUUUCGGGGCACCCAAGAAGUUCUUUAGUGACAAUGGUGGUGAGUUUGAUAAUGAGGAAGUAAAACAAAUGGGUGAAAACUUCGGUAUCGAGAUUCUGACGACUGCGGCCUAUAGUCCCUGGAGUAAUGGAACUUGCGAGAGGCACAAUCUGACGCUUGCAGAAACUAUUGGAAAAGUGAGAAGGGAUAAAAACUGUAGUUGGGAAAUGGCAUUACAUUGGGCCUUGAUGGCUAAAAACAGCAUGAGUAACGUACAUGGCUACAGCGCACACCAACUGGUUUUUGGUCUAAAUCCUAACUUACCAUCAGUCUUGACGGACAGGAUUCCUGCAUUGGAGGGCAGUACCUCCAGUAGAGUAUUAGGAGAUCACAUUCAAGCACUUCAUGCUGCUAAAAAGGCCUUUACCCAAGCAGAAUGCUCCGAGAGAAUAAGACGGGCCCUAAGGAAGCAAACAAGGACAAGUAUGAACACUGUGUACAGACUAGGUGAUCGAGUUUUCUACAAGAGACCAGACAAAGAUGAAUGGAAAGGACCUGGAAGAGUUGUGGGACAGGAUGGUGUCAUUGUUUUCGUCCGACAUGGUGGACAACUCGUGCGAGUACAUGUGUGCAGACUUCAACUGGUUAAUGAACCUCUGCUGAAGAAGACAGAUGAUGAAGUCACAACAAAUGCAAGAGGAGAUGUCUACACCCAAGAAAAUGAUAAAGUAAAGCAAAACGUUGAAGAUGCAGAGAGUGACAUGGAAACUGAUGAAGAAAUAGAAAUACAUACAGAUGACAAAGAGACACCGGUAGAUGUCCAAAAUGAAGACCAAGAUGAGGAAACAACAAGGAACUACACUCGCCUAAAUAAGCUGAGAAAAGGACAAAGCAUCUCAUUUAGAUUAGACAAUGAAACCGAGAAAAGAGAUGCAAUAGUUAUGGGGAGAGCUGGGAAAGCUACUGGAAAAUACAAGCACUACUACAAUGUGGAAUAUCGUGCACCAGAAGUGGAUGAACCUGAAAGACAAUGCAUAGAUUUGAGUUUAGUAAAAUACUUUUCGACAGGAAUGAAUGAAAAUGAAAUAGAUGGUCACAUUGAAGACGAUGUUCUGAUUACGGAUGAGGUAUCCUUUGAUGAGGCGAAACAGAAAGAAAUGCAGAGUUGGAUAAACAAUGGUGUGUAUGGAGUAGUGGAAGAUACUGGACAAAAUGCUAUUUCUACACGAUGGAUCUGUUCAAUGAAAGAAAGCGAUGGAGCUGUAAUCCCUAAAGCUAGAUUGGUCGCCAGAGGUUUUGAAGAACUGGAAAGUGACAUACCAAAGGAUUCUCCAACAUGUGCCAGUGAGUCACUAAAACUGGUGUUAGCAAUACUUGCUCAAAAUGAAUGGGAACCAAAAUGCAUGGAUAUCAAAACUGCAUUUCUUCAAGGGUAUAAAAUUGACAGAAAAGUGUUCCUACGCCCACCUAGAGAAGCAAAAAUGACAGGAAAACUGUGGAAGUUGAACAAAUGUGUAUAUGGUUUAAAUGAUGCUUCCUUGAGUUGGUACAAACGAGUAAAGAGUGUGAUGACUGGCAGUGGAGCAAAGAUGUCAAAGGUAGAUCCAGCUGUAUUCUUCUGGUACGAUGAAUAUGAAGAGGUACUGGGAGUGUUGGCUUGCCAUGUGGAUGAUUUCUUGUUGGGUGGAUCUCCAAAGUUUAACACAGAAGUGAUGGAACAGAUUAGAACUGAGUUUAUGAAAACCCCAUGUUAUGGUGUUAAAAGAAGAUUAGAAAUCGACUCCCGAAUUGUUGAGUUUUCCAUCCCUGUCUCCACCAAGUACAUCGGAAUACAGAUUGUUCAAGAAAACAAUGAGAUUCAUCUUGACCAGAACAGAUAUGCUGAAAACCUCAAUGUCAUAAACAUUUCCAAAGCCAGGGCCUUAAAGAAAGAUGAUAUGGUGACUGAAAAAGAAAGAACAGAACUGAGGUCAAAGAUAGGUCAAAUCCUAUGGAUUGCGCGUCAAACACGACCAGAUGUCUUUUUUGAUGCUUCCUAUCUAGCAUCUCGUGUGAAUCAAGCAAAAGUGAAGGAAUUGCUAGAAGCUAACAAAGUCAUCAAAAGGGUGAAAACAGAUAUAGAGAGUGGUGAGAAGUACUUUAGAUGCUGA